ACUGCAGGAGAGGAAGGUCAGGCACCUCCCCAAGACUCUGAUCCCUGCUCCCCAGCUCCAGCCGAGGCGAGGCGUGCAGUGCACCCACCUCCAAGUAAAGUCCAGGCAGGGCCGCACACUGAGGGCCCCUCCCACUAAGGCUGGUGCCCUGGUCCCAGCCAGGCAGGGGCCAGAGCAGCCAAGCCCAGGAAGGGCUCCUCGGAGUCAGGAUGCCUGACUGGUUCUGCUGGUUCCAGCAACCGACAGGCAGGGAGGAGGGAGCCCUGGGCGGGCUCUGGUGCGCCAUUCUUCCCAUCUCCACUCUGCCACCCGCCAGCCUGCCUUGGGGAGGAGAGGACAGGUCUGAGUCACUAGCCAGGGGGAGGGCAGGAGUUAAAGGAGUUGUGGCCGUGGUAUCCCCACAGAAGCCUGCCACGGCUGGACAGAAAGACAGACAGCACCCGACAGAAGCUGGACAGCGCUUUCGGACAGCCCCAUGUGGAGCCGAAGGACGCAGCCGCCCUGCUGACAGCACGGCGGCCCACCCUUCGAGACCGUGACCUCGCGACAGUGGCCCUCGGCCCUCCACCUCCAGCGGGGGUGGGGGCUGCCCACUUCCAAGUCGCCAACCAUGACGACCUCUGCACUCCGGCGCCAAGUGAAGAACAUCGUGCACAACUACUCCGAGGCGGAGAUCAAGGUGCGCGAGGCCACCAGCAAUGACCCCUGGGGCCCACCCAGCUCGCUCAUGUCGGAAAUCGCCGACCUGACCUUCAACACGGUGGCCUUCGCCGAGGUCAUGGGCAUGCUGUGGCGGCGGCUCAACGACAGCGGCAAGAACUGGCGGCACGUGUACAAGGCGCUGACGCUGCUGGACUACCUGCUCAAGACCGGCUCCGAGCGGGUGGCCCACCAGUGUCGCGAGAACCUCUACACCAUCCAGACACUCAAGGACUUCCAGUACAUCGACCGCGACGGCAAGGACCAAGGUGUCAACGUGCGUGAGAAGGUCAAGCAGGUGAUGGCCCUGCUCAGGGACGAGGAGCGCCUGCGGCAGGAGCGGACCCACGCUCUCAAGACCAAGGAGCGCAUGGCGCUGGAGGGCAUGGGCAUCGGUAGUGGGCAGCUGAGCUUCAGCCGCCGCCAUGGCGAGGACUAUGGCCGCUCGCGAGGUUCCCCGUCCUCCUACAACUCCUCCUCCUCAUCCCCCCGCUACACCUCCGACCUGGAACAGGCCCGGCCGCAGACAUCAGGGGAAGAGGAGCUGCAGCUCCAGCUGGCCCUGGCCAUGAGCCGUGAGGAGGCUGAAAAGCCGGUCCCCCCAGCCUCCCACAGGGACGAGGACCUGCAGCUGCAGCUGGCUCUGCGCCUGAGCCGGCAGGAACACGAGAAGGAGGUGAGGUCCUGGCAGGGAGAUGACUCCCCAGUAGCCAAUGGCGCAGGGGGUGCCGUCCACCAUCGGCAGGACAGAGAGCCCGAGAAAGAAGAGAGAAAGGAAGAGACGUUGAAAACCAGCCAGUCCUCCAUCCUGGACUUGGCUGACAUCUUCGUACCUGCCCCGGCCCCGCCCUCCACACACUGCUCUGCUGACCCAUGGGACAUCCCAGGUCUCAGGCCGAACACAGAGCCCAGUGGCGCCUCCUGGGGGCCUUCGGCAGACCCCUGGUCUCCAGCCCCGUCAGGAAACAUCCUGUCCCGAAGCCAGCCUUGGGACUUGCCUCCCUCACUCUCCUCCUCUGAGCCCUGGGGCAGGACCCCAGUGCUGCCUGCAGGACCCCCGGCCAUAGACCCCUGGGCACUGAGCUCUCCCCACCACAAACUCCCCAGCACUGGGACUGACCCUUGGGGGACCUCCAUGGAGACCUCUGACACACCUGCUCUAGGUGGUACCUCGACCUUUGACCCGUUUGCCAAACCUCCAGAAUCCACAGAGACCAAGGAAGGGCUGGAGUGUGCCCAGGCCGUGCCCUCUGGGAAGCCCAGCAGUCCUGUGGAGCUGGACCUGUUUGGAGAACCCAGCCCCAGUUACAAGCAAAACGGCACGAAGGAGCCCGACGCCUUUGACCUGGGUGUCCUAGGGGGAGCGCUGACCCAGCCCAGCAAGGAGGCCCGAGCAUGCCGGACCCCUGAGUCCUUCCUGGGACCCUCAGCCUCUUCCUUGGUUAACCUUGACUCACUGGUCAAGGCGCCUCAGGCUGCAAAGACACGGAACCCUUUCCUGACAGGUCUCAGUGCUCCGUCCCCCACCAACCCCUUCGGUGUGGGCGAGCAGGGCAGGCCGAGCCUGAACCAGAUGCGCGCCGGCUCGCCAGCUCUGGGCCUGGCGGCGGGCGGACCCAUCGGGAUGCCCCUGGGCUCCAUGACCUACAGCGCCUCCCUGCCCCUCCCGCUCAGCAGCGUGCCGCCGGUCUCAGCCCCUCACCUCCGUGCUCUGCCGGACUGGCACCUUGGCUUCCAGUGCUCCAGGCUCUCUUGCAUUCGGUGA